AAUGAAAUGUGUUUCAUUAGCUUUGUCUAAAUUUUUCGAUUCUAAAAACACCUGAUAUCAGUUGCUCAAUAGGUCGGAACUAUUUUUUAAAUAGCUCCAAUGUCAGCAAAAAGAAAAGCGUGGAGUUCCAACGCGGCACGUUUAAAUUCGAAACGGAAAAGUAUGGAAAUUCCGGAGGAAUUAUUUCCCUCGACGGUAAUUUGAUUUUCUAGCAAAUUUUGAUAAAAUUUAUAUUUUUCAGAGUACUUCUUCAAAAUCGGAACCCAGGGUUCCUCUUCGAUGCGACUCCACUUUGGAUAAUUGUGAAGAUGAUAAAGAAAGAGAAAAAAAAGGCAAUCUGGAACGAAAUCUGAAUAUUUACACUCACGUGGAUCGCGCACAUUUGAAAUGGAUUCUGAAAUGCGUUCUUUUCUCAAGAACUCUACCCAACACGAGAUUCCAGAAUCAGAAGGCUCCUCAUUGCAGUUAAAUCCGACUCUUCAUGUUUCGUCUGAACCAGGAUAUGACGUUCCCGAAGAUUCAAUUUUUAUGAUACGGAAAAGGAUCGAAGAGCGUGAAGAGGAAAAACGGGAUAUAGCUGAUUCAUUAAAAAUGCGAGACGAGUUUAUUGAAGUUUUUCCGGCGAGUUUUCAUCGAUACAAGACGAAAAUAGAAUUUUAUCAAAUAAUGAAGUAAAUCUUCGAAAGAAAAUAGAUUGCAAAAUUGGCGAACUCAAUGAAACUCUCGUCAUUUCGAAAAAGUGCGAUAAUCGACUUCAAAAAGAGAUGAAGAAAACUUUAAAAGUAAUGGAGGAAGUCGAAUCGUUGUCGGAAAAUGUUUCCCGGAGGGCGAUUGUCAAUGGAGCGCGAAAAAUGCAACGAGCUUGGCCAGAACCCCGUGACCUUUCCCGAAUUGUGACCCCCAUGCCAAGAGGAGGCUGACCCAUCCAGGCUGCCUAUCCUUCUCUCCCACCCCACCUGCCUCCUGCCAAGUCAUUAGUCUUGUUCGCUUGUAUUCCAUUCAUUUGAUACAUAGUGUCUUCUCUUGAAAUUGCACAAUGUCGGAUUUCGACUCAGAAGAACGUCCCACAUUCGAUGGCUGGAGUUGUCGUCUUGGAUUUAUGCUGCUCACUUUUAAUUUGCUAGUUAUUACCGGAAUCGCGACCGGUAUCUCAAAUAUGAUAAGAAUCUGUGUGGACCCUCCCGAAUGUAAAACUGGGGAAGUUUAUGUGAUAAUAGCGUUGGUGAUCAUCUUCCUUGGUUUCAUAGGGUUUUUAAUUGGGUACAAUUUUUACAACUGGACCAAGAAAAUGUACCUCCCGCUCCUAACACUUAAUAGAGCCUCCAUUGUUACUUUUGGAUUCUUGCUUCUUAUUUAUCAAGCUAUCGAUUCCAAUGUGUUCCUUCUUUACUUGUACUCCAUCAGUUGGGGGCUCAUAGCUGCUUGCUACUUCAAUUCCCUUUGCGCUCAGCUUGUUAGCUCUAUAAUCCCAGAGGAACGGCUCAUAAUCUUGAACGGGUAUCUUUGUAUUUUCUUCAGCGGCGCAGCAGGAUUUGGGCUUGAUAGGUUCACCGUCAAGUUGGAAUAUGGAGGCUUCAAGCUAGGAUCUUUCAUUUUGUUGGGUCCCCUGGUGAUGUCUUAUUUGAUCACAUAUAUUGUUAGUAAGAAUGAACGGAAAGAAGGACACCUGACCCAUUGCAACUCAGCUUACCGUCUCCCCCACAAAUUGACAAACUCCCUAGCAAACAUUGCUGCUGCUCAAAUUGCUAGACACAUUGAAGAUGGCCAUUACAAAGAUCCUAAUAUUUUCCAAGAACUGGACACUAAAUCUCAUGAAGCAAUUUUCUCAAAGCUCUUGUUACUGAACCCCAAAGCUUACAAGUUUAUAGCAAAAGCAACCCAAAUUCAAGAGUCAGUGGUGAUUGGGAAAAGAGUUCAUGCUCAACAUUAUUAUGCAAGGAAUAUAGACAUUAUGACCUCCUUGACCAGUGUGUUAUAUGGUAAGUCUUUGGCGAAGAUUCAUAGUUUGGACAUUGGAGAAUGCCGGUCGCAGUUGACACCAGGAUGGGUUAGACUGAUUGGCACCAUGCUUCCUUCUCUUCAAUCUCUAGACAUUAGCAACAAACCACUGAGCAAAGAGGACUUUUCCCAGCUCUGCAAUUUCUUCCAAAAUCUUCAAAAACUGAAUAUCAGCGACACUUGUGUCAAGAAGCUUCAAGGAAUUUCCAAGUUGAAAAACCUAAAAGUUCUUUCGAUGAGAAACUUGCAAUUCCGAACCGCCACUGAUAUGCUGGACUUGUUCAAGUUGAAAGGCUUAGUCGCUUUGGAUGUUUCUAGAGACAUUGCUAAAGCGAAUAUAAAAACCAUCCGGCAAUUUGUGGAGUGUGGAAAUGUUCUACCGAGCCUGACAUUCCUAGAUGCCUCCGGAACAGAUAUCAAUCAGGAUUUGCUUGACUCCCUAGAAUAUCAACCCAACCUACAGAAAAUUCUCGCAAUUGACACCGAUCUCCAGGACUCUAAUACUCCCAAAGUUUUGAAUUUUGCAACUCUAGAGACAACCCUGAAAGCGCUUGCUCAUUAUACAAAUCUAAAAAAUUCCGCAGCUACGAGAAGGUGUCUAGCGAGUAUUAAAUCACAAUUUAAAAAAAAUCAUGAUGAUGGGGAGCGAUAUGACGUGGUCAACUGCCUAAAGCAUGUGAUAGAGGCUAUUGAGACUUUUAGCCCCGAUGGUUCGUUGGAUGUUAAUACGAUGUGGAGUGGUCACACUUAUAUACAGGGAGUAAUGUGUUUAACGGAAAUUUCAAUAAACAAAUCCCAUCUAUUCCAUCAAAUCGAUGCUAAAUUAGUACUUGAAAUGCUCCUGGUAGCAUCCGAACGGCUAACAAUUCUCAAGUCGUCGCUCUCACAGCAUCCUUGCCAAGAAGUAUGGGAGGCCAUUGAAAACCUAGUUGAACAAGAAUUCGAUUGGCUCGACUACGAUCGCAUCGGAAAGAUUUCAAUGCGUUUCGCCUUCAAAGUCGGUCUACGAUCUGAUUGGUUCGAACAUCAAGCAAUGCCUGUCGUUGAUAUGUGCACAGAGCGCUCGCCAAGUCAGGAUUUCAGGGAUUUCCCAGCGCGGCUACACACUAAAUAUGUGAUUGAUUUGAGGAAGCAGGCAAUCGCCGAACGAAAUACAAGAGAAUGUAUGUCGCUUCUUAAAAUUUUGCACUCAACGACUUUGGACAGCAAAUUGGAAUGUGAGGAUAUACUUGAGUGCAAGAGAUUUUGCAAACUAGUGUGGUGUUUGGAGAAUGGCGAAUCGGAUGAGCUUCAGCUAGGAGUACUACGAGUCAUAAGAAAUAUUAUUGUGGUGCACAAGUCGUCGAAUUUCACGGAGCGUUUUACAAAUGUGGAGUACACCGUUUUUCAGCAACUCCUCAUUGACUGGACGUCUAACAAAGCUUAUAAUAUCUUCACAAUCAUUGCUCUCCGCAUUUUCUUAACGGAAAAAGACUGGACUCCCUGCGAGUUCGCCGAUGAGGCCAACGAUCUUCUCAUCGAUAGAUUCCAAUUCUUCCAACCGACCGAGAUCACCGAAGACCUUGAAAUCUACAUGGGAACCGUCGAGAAAGUGCUCAAAAAUUCGAAGCUUGAUGGACCAGUCCUCUGGGCGCUGCUGACACUUCAGAUCUUAGCAGGGAGGAGUAAGGAGAAUGUGUGGACUAUCAGAGGACAGCCGGAAAUGCUAAAGUUUAUUGGAAAUCCGAGAGUUGCGUCCGAAGCCGUGAGAAAUGCCACCGAAUCAUUGUUGGAGUUAAUAAAUUGAUUUUUAACCGUUUUAUUACAUAUCCAUUGUUUUUGUUCAAUGUUCACUUUUAUUAUAAAGCAUCAACAUUACGAAGAACC